CAUCGAGAGAGUCCACACCGAACCGCUUCAGCGUCUCCUUUGGGUUUUCCCGCGGGGAGUGAUGAACUCCAUCGACCCUCAGUCCCAUCACCAGCACCAGCACCACACCUCCCCGACCGUCGGCACUCUUUCCCAUAAAGGCGCCCAGGAGUCCCCGGACAUGGCAGCCGCGGUCUACUGCGACAACUUCAGCAGCGUGUACCACCAGCAGAGCCUCCAGGGCGCGCAAAGACCCGCCGGCUACGGCCUCGGCGACUACGCCUCCUCCCCGAACCCGUACCUGUGGCUCAAUGGGCCGGCCGUGAAUUCCUCCGCGUCUUACCUGCACGGCAACAACCCGACGCCGUUCAUGCCGCCCUCGUACGGCUCGCAGCGGCAGUUCCUCGCCAACUCGCCGGGCUUCGGAGGGCCCGACCUGGGCUGGCUGUCCAUCGCCAGCCAGGAGGAGCUGCUGAAGCUCGUGCGGCCGCCGUACUCCUACUCCGCCCUCAUCGCCAUGGCCAUCCAGAACGCGCACGAGAAGAAGCUGACCCUGAGUCAGAUCUACCAGUACGUGGCCGACAAUUUCCCUUUUUAUAAGAAGAGCAAAGCCGGCUGGCAGAACUCCAUCCGGCACAAUCUGUCUCUGAACGACUGCUUCAAAAAAGUCCCGCGGGACGAGGACGACCCAGGAAAAGGAAACUAUUGGACGUUGGAUCCCAACUGCGAAAAGAUGUUUGAUAAUGGAAACUUCCGGCGGAAAAGGAAACGACGGUCGGACCCCAGCCUUUCCGGAGGAGCAGCUGCGGCCGCAGCCACGAAGCUGGAGGACGGCCGGCCGGCGGCGGCGGGCCCCAUGAAGGCCUCGGACAGCCCCCAGCUCCUGGGGCCUUCUUCCCCGGAGAUGGAAGCCAUGAACGAAAACCACAAGAGCUCGUCGUCGUCGCCGGCGGGGCUGGCCGCCGCCGCUCCGUGUUUCAAUAACUUUUACAGCAACAUGUCGGCGCUCGGCUCGGGGGCCCCCGGCCGACAGGGGUCCCUGGGACUGGUGAACGAGCUGUCGAACAGGAACAUAACGGCUCUGAGCCCCUACCACCCCAGCGGCGGCACUGGGCAGGAGGCGGGGGCGGGGCCUCCCGACCACGGCGAGGGCUUGCAUUUUAACCGGGGAGUGUACUACAACACGUUUGGCGGCGGGCAGAGCGGACAGUUCAACGCUCACUUCUACAACAGCUUCAGUGUGAACAGCUUGAUCUUCCCCAGGGACGGGACUGAGCUCUAGGGGACGACGCCUCACCUGCUGGAAGACUCUCUUUGAGAAUCCCACUCAGAACGCGCAUCAAUACUCCAUAUUUCCCACAGAGACGUCACAGCAUGGACUGAGCUGGAGUGUCUGACUAACAUCAAAGAGCUUAAAGAAAUGCAAAAAACACAAAAAAACAACAACAAACGUCUACUUUCACUUACACCUGAGCACCUUUUUCAACUAAACUUCAAUCAUAUAACAUCAAAAAGUGAAAUAUAUAUAUAUAUAUAUAUAUAUAUUUUUUUUUUGUGACACACCUUACAAACAUAUUUAAAGUUGAGCCCAAACCUUCACAGUUCUAUAAGUUUCACUCAAUAAAAGGGCUUGUUCAUUACUAACACAAAGCUGCCAAAGUUGCCUAUGUGACACCAGCGAUACCUCAAAAGGACAGUCAUUUACUAGAGCGGCCCACAAAGGGUUUGUAUUAUUUUGUUCGACAAAUGCAGUUUUGCUAAUAUGUUCACUCAUAUGCUUGCCUUAUGAAGCAGGACCAAAUGAGAUUUUGGGAAGUUGUGGUUUCAAAAAUCCUCCCUACAGUCUAAGUCCUUUAAUGAGACGGCAAGCAAAAGCGCUGACCACAGUUCUCACGGUUUUCAUUGCCGCCCCUCCCCCACCUGCUGCUGCACAGUGCUCAUGAGCAGGCCGAGAAAGGAAGCGCCACGCUUCUCCUAAGUUUUACAAGGAAGACGACUUCUUGUUGCUUGGAAAUAAAAAAACCAAACAACAAAGACAUGGUAAUCAGUGUGGAACCUGAAGUAGCAUCACGCGUUAUGCCUAUUAACAAAAGGUUGUUGGAAAACUUCAGCUGGUUUGUUAAUCAAACUAGUUGAUUAACAAGCUCUGUCUCUGCUGGAUUAUCUGACUAAUCUUUUGGUUGUUAUAUAACUACAACACCUAAAACAUGUGAUAUUCUGCCCAAUAAGCACUUAAAAACCACUGCUAAAUUUAUCAGGUGAAAAUUUAGCUUAUGAAACAAGAUCAGAAUAAAUGUCUACAGCUGCAUUUCCAUGAUGUGUGCAAAACUUUUGAUGUUCUGCCAAUGUUAAAAAAACAAAUGCACAACUUUGCAGUUAAAUAAGAAAUGCAUUUAAAAUCACACGUGAAGAAGUUCGUUCUUUAAAAAAAAAAAUAAAAUUAAUUGCAACGAUGGAUGUAAACUGUUAUUUAUAGCCAGAUGGCCUCUAUCUUCCAAAGAGGCCAGUUCCUAUAAGUAAGUGGGUUGCCGCUUUGUAAAAACUGCACCGAAAAAGUGUUUUUACUGCAGUUUUGCAAAACGCAUUUAUUUUGAUAAAAAAAUCCAUACAGAAACUUGGCGUUUUUAUUUCCAGAAGUAAACUUUGUGCAAUUGAAAUGCAGCUACAGACAUUAUUGCAACAGUGACAACUGUGCUAUUUAAGCACCAUUAUGACUAAUUGUUUUCUGAUUUAUGGAACAGCAGCUACAUCACGUUUUACAUUUGCUGUCGUUUUAAACUCAUCUGUAAAUACUGUGAAACUGUGGUACUCAUGCUAAAUGCUACCCGACCAGCCAAUACCUGCUGCCUUGUGUCUGACGUCCUCCAUGUUGACUGAAACCUCAGCACUGUGGCUUUCCUGUUAAAUGUGUAUUUUUGUAACAUUUUUUUAAAAAAAGAAAAAAAUCCUUUUGGGAGUAUUUAUGCUAUUUAUGUUCAUAGGCAUUUUCUACUGUUUGUCCAAAAACACUGUCUGAUUAAAUAUGCAAAUAUUAGCUUCCAGGAUGCAGCAAAAAAACAGCAUCACUAAAAACACAGAUUUUAUUAAUAUACAUUAUCUGUAAAGCAAUAUAUUCUGUCUUGUUUAUUUCCCUCAGGAUUCAGUUUGACAAUCAUUA